CAUUUUCCCCAAAGACAAUUCAGAGCAUCCCAUUUGUACACCACGUGGCCGUUGAGACCUACGCUAACAAGAGUGUCUCCCUCUAGCCUGGAGGGUUGGAGAAUGAAGGUCCUAGGGGGACGUGCUCUGCUCCAACUCCGUGCUGAGUGGCUAGUCACAUCAUCAGGGCACUGAACAGCCUCCCAUCCCUGCAGCCCACACCUGCCCUAUGAGGAUGAGUGUCACCACCAGGAGGCUGUUCAUGGCCUUGGUUGUGGUAUUUGGGACAGCCGUGGCAUUUGCACCUGCCCCCAGGAUCACCUGGGCACACAAAGAGGUAGGUCUGGUGCAUUUUCAUGAGCCAGGCAUCUUUAACUACUCAACUUUCCUGCUUAGUGAGCACGAGGACACCCUGUACGUGGGCGCCCGGGAGGCCGUCUUUGCUCUGAAUGCCCUUUAUAUCGCUGAGAAGCAGCACGAGGUAUAUUGGAAGGUCUCUGAAGACAAAAAAGCAAAAUGUGUUGAAAAAGGAAAAUCAAAACAGACAGAAUGCCUGAAUUACAUCCGGGUGCUACAACCACUUGAUGCCAACACUCUUUAUGUGUGUGGAACAAAUGCAUUCCAACCAAUCUGUGACUACCUGCUAAAAGAUUCACCAGCAAUUGCUAGUUAUCAUCUAACGUGUGCUCUCCAGUUCCUGCUCAAAUUGCCUAAUGGAGAGCUUUACUCCGGCACAUCAUAUAACUUUUUGGGAAGUGAACCCAUCAUCUCCCGCCAUUCUUCCCAAAGUCCGCUGAGAACAGAGUAUGCAAUACCUUGGCUUAAUGAGCCCAGCUUUGUCUUCGUAGAUGUCAUACGAAGACACUUCAGUGACACAGAGGUUGAGGAUGACAAGGUGUACUUCUUCUUCAUGGAGGUAUCUGUGGAAUAUGAGUUUGUUUUUAAGCUGAUGAUCCCAAGGAUAGCGAGAGUAUGCAAGGGUGACCAGGGCGGACUGAGGACAUUGCAAAAAAAGUGGACCUCCUUCCUAAAGGCCCGGUUGAUUUGCUCCAAACCAGAUAGCAACCUCGUCUUCAACAUGCUGCAGGAUGUGUUUGUUCUCCGAGGCCCCUGGCUGAAGGAGCCUGUCUUCUACGCUGUCUUCACCCCACAACUGAACAACAUGGGCCUGUCAGCAGUGUGUGCCUACAACCUGUCUACGGUGGAGGAGGUCUUCUCUCGAGGGAAAUACAUGCAGAGCACCAUGGUAGAGCAGUCCCAUACCAAGUGGGUACGCUACAAUGGGGCAGUACCCAGGCCACGGCCUGGAGCGUGCAUCAACAGUGAGGCCAGGGCAGCCAACUUUACCAGCUCCCUGAACUUACCUGACAAGACGCUGCAGUUCGUGAAAGACCACCCUCUAAUGGAUGACUCCAUCAUGCCAUAUGAGGGCAAGCCUCUGCUAAUUAAGAAGGAUGUGAACUACACUCAGAUUGUGGUGGACAGGGUGCAGGCUCUGGACGGGACCAUCUAUGAUGUGAUGUUUAUCAGCACAGACAAAGGUGCCCUGCACAAAGCCAUCAGCCUGGAAAACAGCAUGCACAUCAUCGAGGAGACACAACUGUUCCAGGACUUUGCGCCAGUCCGGGCCCUACUGCUAUCUUCAAAAAAGGGCAAAAAGUUUGUCUAUGCUGGCUCUAACUCAGGCAUGAUCCAGGGUGCUGUGGCCUUCUGUGGGAAGCACAUCACAUGUGUGGACUGUGUGUUAGCACGGGACCCCUACUGUGCCUGGAGUCCACAUGUUGCCACGUGUGUUGCGCUGCACCAGGAACCCAUACCUGGCAGGGAUUUGAUUCAGAACAUGAGUGGUGAUGUCUCUGCCUGCCCUGAUAGAGUUAAGGAAAGUUACUGGCAGCAUUUUUUCAAGCAUGGUGGUACAGCAGAGCUCAGAUGUUCCCAGAAGUCCAACUUGGCUCAAGUGGUAUGGAAGUUCCAGAACAGUGUGUUAAAUGCUAACAACUCUACUAAGUACAUUUUGGUGGGCAGGGACAACCUGCUGAUCUUUAAUUUGUCCAAAGAAGACAGUGGGGUUUACCAGUGUCUGUCAGAAGAAACAGUGAAUAAUAAGACGGUUUCACAAUUGCUUGCUAAACAUGUUUUGGAAGUGAAGUUGAUCUUGCACACGCCAGCAGCUCCCACCCUUUCAGCAAUUCAAACAGAAGGUAGUAAAUUUGGCCCCGAAGUGUUGGCAGAGGCCACUCUAGGGACUUCUCCUCAGAUGCCCACUGUGCGGAUCACUACACUUAGAGCUGUGAUGACCCCACCCUCCCACCUUGUGCCAACAAGCACUCCCUGCCAACCAAAGAUUGUCAUCAACACAAUCCCACAAAUCCACUCUGAGAAGACCAUGUAUCUCAAGUCCAGUGACAACCGCCUCCUCAUGUUUCUUUUCCUCUUCUUCUUUGCACUGUUCCUCUGUCUCUUUUCCUACAACUGCUACAAAGGCUACCUGCCUGGACAGUGUUUAAAAUUCCGCGCCAUUAUGUUACUGGGAAAGAAAAAGCCCAAAUCGGAUUUUUCUGAUUGUGAGCAGAAUGUGAAGGAAACAUUGGUGGCGCAGGGGAGCUUCUCUCAGCAAUAUGGAGAACAGCCCAAACUGGCUCUGGACACAGGCUAUGAGACUGAGCAGGACACCAUCACCAGCAAGCUCCCCACCGACCCAGAGGACUCCCAGAGGAUGGAUGAGCUUUCUGCCAAGGACAAACCAUUUGAUGUCAAGUGCGAGCUGAAGUACGCGGACUCCGACGUCGAUGGAGACUGAGAAGCCAGCCAUUUCUCUUCCCCAGAUGCCUGGUUAAGUUAUCCUGGCUGGCUGGCUGAGCAAGGACCCAUCAAGUUGUAAGGCGGUCCAUCCACACAUGGGUACCUCUUGUACUCUACCAAACAGCCAUCCCAUCAGGCCCCACCUUGCUUAGGGAAGAUCCCUCAAGCAAGCCUCCAGUCGUGUUUUCUUGUCUGUCUGUUGGGUUGAGAUUAUGACUCGGUUUCUCUUUGCCUCUUUGGGAAGCGGCAGGCAGCGUGACGCCCUGGUCCUGCAUGCCUCAGGUGGCCACAGUGCUUGAAACUGCACCUGCUGGUAGAGCCACCAGUCCAUCUGAGGUCUGGCUUUCAUUGGGAAGGACACAAAUGCAAUCAAGUUUAAUGCCAAUCCCUCCUUCUCAUUGCAGCCAUUAACAUACAGUUUAAUUCCAGAGUGGAAGUAACAUUUUAGCUUAUACGUUUGGUAACAUACAGCAUGAACUUUUUCUUGCAGUUUUUUUUUAAAUUUUGCUUUCAUUAAGUGUUUUAGCUAAUUUUUUUUUUAAUUAUUGAAGCAGAUACAAAUUUUUCUUCUCCAUCAUUAUGUAUUAUAACAAGUAUGGCUUAAAUUGUUAAUGAUUCUCAGGGAUAAACUUACUUUUGCUAAAUGUGUUCUUUGUGCUUUUAGAAGUAUAAACCCAAACUGUCUCCGGAACACUUUUUUCCCUUCAUUUCUUGUGGGAAAUGUUGGCUUUCGGAAAAGUUUUCUGUAUUUUUUUUCUUUAUUCUUUUUCAAAACUUUCUGAAGAGGAGAAAGCAGCCGAGGACUACCACACAUUCAAACAAUGAGUUUAGGGUUCUGAGCUGGGAGGAUGGCCGUGUGGGCCCCAGUGAAGCGCAGUCAGGUUGACACUGGCUGCACGUUGAGCCAGUGCAUUACAAUUGGCUGUACACGGUCACUGGCUGCGACCUCCUGGCCACAAAGCAGAGGGAGGGCUUCUCUGGCUCUCUGAACAUCUCCUUUGAUGUGAUCUCAUAUCCACUCCCUGUCCAAAUGUACUGCUUGUGCUCCUCCACAGCUGGAAAUGGCCUGCGCGAUGGUAGAUAGAAGGCCUCUACCGCAGGUUUGGGACAGACUGUUCACCAUGCCAGACCUGCCUCGAGCAGUGAAGUUGAAGUAGGUGGUACAGUGCCACCAUUUGCUUGUUACCUAUCACUGUCCUCCCUCCCUGCCUCCAAGUCUUUGUAAAUACCAUCCGAAGAGAUUUUCUUCCAGGGCAAAGAAAAAGAACUCUGGAUUUGUGUGCCUGUGUAGUCAGUCUUACCUUCCAGCAUAUGAUUGGACCAUUUUGAUGUAAACAUUUGUGUUUUAUAAGAUUUACUUUGUUUUUAUUUUUCUACUUUGAUGUGUAUAGAUAUGAGAAGGAACUGAAUAAAUAAGAAUCAUAUAUCCUCAA